CUCAUCAUGCUCUGCGGGACGUACGCCAUCGCCAAGUCCCGCUCUCGGGUCGCCAGGCACUACGGGAUACCCAUCAACAAGUACGGGAACUGCUGCCUCUCCUUCUGGUGCGGCUGCUGCGUCGUUUCCCAGGUGGCACGCCACCUGUUCGCCUGGGACAGCAAGAACUACGGUCGGUGCCAGGGCUGGCUGGAGUGCGGCCCGAGACCCCAUAGCCGGUGGACUCAGGUGUCGAUGGGCAAAUCCACUUCCAACGUCGGGGGGCAAUCGAUGGUGCCGCCCUCCCACCAGGAGUUCCAGUUCCAGCAGAACGCUACUACCACCGCGCCCGUUCCACCCGCCCGCGACCAGAUGAUGACGCCCUCCUACGAUCAGAUGGUGAAGGGGCAUGCGCCGAGCGCCGUUACCCCGAUGGACCGGUGCUAGCGAAGCCUUGGGGGGGGGGGGGGGGGGGCACGGUAACCGGUUUGACAGGUUGUGAAUGGUGUAUCUUCUGCAUUAGAACAUGCGUUGUCAAUUGAAGGGUAGGUCCGCACGAGGCUAGACGCCUUCGGGGAAGGGGGGUGGUGAAGAUGCUCUUCCGAGAGCAGCAAGGUUGUUCUUAGUGCAGCAGCGGCGUGAGACGUACGAUUUGGCCGAGGAAGGAAAACCUUUUCAGGGCCUUUGGAAGAGUUACAUAGAUCAAGGUGGCCACAUCCCCUUCGCCCGAGGAAUGUGAGGGUGUGUGUGUUGUGUGUUUUCGUCCUAUUUAUUAUGGCGACAGUCCCCCCGUUUUUCGUGGUGAGACGUGUACUACACUUUUCAGUGUACUUUUUCGUACAACUACAAGCUACAUCACUCCGGUGGUCUAGUGGGUAGCCUCGCAGCCUGCUAAGGACCAGGUCAUGGGUUCGAGUCCCGGCAGAGUGAGUUUUUUCUCGCUAAUCAAAUCCUGGUCUCCGUUGGAAGCGACGCUCUGCAAAGAAAGCUGGUUUUCAGUAACCUUGACCGACUUCAUAAGUCGCGAGGGAAGGAAUUGCUGUACCCUUCUCGCGAUAAAACUAUCUCAGGCAGGAACCGCAGGAGGGGGUCUCACCCCCCCUCCAAUGUAACCCCGGUUGGGUCGUCUAGCUGGUAGAAGUGGAGGAUAGGGGCCAGAGGGGCAGACGACAGAGUCCAAUGAUGGGAGAAAAAAAAAAAGUAGAGCGCAAAAAAAAUAUAGAGCGCCAGGUCAACAUGGGAUGGGGGGGCGGCAGAGAGGAAAUGUUCAUGUCAACCGCUCGGGAUUCCCUCCCCUGCCCUGCCCUCCCCUCCCCUCCCCUCCCCUCUCGUAGAGUAGAAAAUGUAUCACGUGUAUGUCGUAUUUUACUGUUGUUUGUCAGGUGGGGAGCGAUUUUUAUUGGGGUGUAUAUGCGUAGUAUGCAGUUAACGUGUGAAAUGUGGGUCGCAAUUAAUUGAUUGCACGUUUCCGUAGCCGUUUUUUUCGUGCUGUGUUGUUGCGGGAGGUUUUGUUAAAGAAAGUGAGAAGCAGGGUCUUGUUUGUUUUGGAUUUAUUUGUGUUCCCCGUUUGCUUUUCGCAGUUGAGGGUGUAGUUUGGAGUUCGGAGUGGCUCGGCAAGCUGGUUUCAAAGGUGCUCCUCGGUCGCGUGUGCGGACUCAUUGCAUUCCCUAGCUCUGGCGGGUGUAUG